AACGAAAAUGUCCGUAAAAACACGGUCGAAAUGGCGACUUCCACACUGACACACUGCUGUGGUGAUACGAAGAGUCGCUAGGAACACCACACGGCUUUGAACCGUUGAGUUAAUGUUAAAUUGCAACUAGUUACACGGGAUCCCAUCUUCUCUACUGUCGUGAAGGCGUGUCAAUGGAUGUACAUCCACCAUGCCUCGCACCAAGAUGAAGCUGAAGGAACUGGAGAGCCACCUGCAGGAUGUGGAUGUGUUUGAAAAACCGAAAGUUGUCCUGGAGCAGUAUCCUACCACCCCACAUAUUGCAGGUUGUAUGCUACAUACAAUUCACACCCGAUAUGAUGACAUCGAGGACAAGCUGAUAGCAGACCUGGGAGUAGGCUGUGGAGUACUCAGCAUUGGGGCGGUCAUGUUGGGAGCAGGGUCUGUCGUGGGUAUUGACGUUGAUGAUGAUGCUCUACAAGUGUGUCAGCAAAAUGUGGAGGAAUUUGAGAUAGACAACCUUGACCUGAUUCAACAAGACAUCAGAUCACUGACGAAGAACACAUGUAACCUCCACAAGAAGUUUGACACUGUCAUAAUGAACCCACCCUUCGGGACCAAGCACAAUGCAGGUAUCGAUAUGGAGUUCCUGAGAGCUGGCCUUGACCUUUCCACCAGUGCUGUCUACUCCCUGCACAAGACAUCAACAAGGGAGCACAUUACAAAGAAGGCAAGUGACUGGAAUGUAGACAUGGAAGUGGUGGCUGAGCUCAGAUUCGACCUUGUCAACACGCUCAAGUUUCAUAAGAAGAAGUCUGUCGACAUAGAGGUGGAUUUCAUACGAUUCUGUCACAAGCAGGGAGCCAAGUGUAAAUCGUGACAGAUGGUCACUCAAUAGAUGUCUCAUUACUAUUUUCAUGAGGGUGGUCAGGUAGCCUAGUGGUUAAAGCGUUCGCUCGUCACGCUGAAGACCCGGGUUCGAUUCCAGACAUGCAUACAAUGUGUGAAGCUCAUUUCUGGUGUCCCCCGCUGUGAUGUUGCUGGAAUAUUGCUUAAAGCGGCGUAAAACCAUACUCACUCACUCACUAUUUUCAUGAAGCUAUGUAUAAAGUUUUACAAGGUUGUGUAAUUUUUAUUAUAACACUAUGUGUCAGGUGUCAUCUUGAUCUUCUAAGACUUAAAGCAUACAUUAUAUACUACUCAACUAUUGAUAGGGAGUAUCCAGGUGGGGUCUGCAUGUGGCUGAUUGUUCGGAUAUGUUGACAGACAAAUAGUAUUUGAUAUUGCUAUGGAACUGAAGCAUGUGCAGCUUCAUUUAAAAUUGAUUAAACAUAAAUGCAAUGUUCAAUAAGUUGUCAUCACGUUACAGUAUGAAAUAUCUCAGUUUAUUACCCACGUGGUUAGGAUACAGGUGGUAAGAUACUAAGAUACUGCACGACCAGAUCACUAAAAGUGAACAUUUCCGAUACAAAUCAUUCGAUAACUAUGUAGAAGUGUGUAACAGUUUGUUGUAUCCGUUCGUUUGCUCUAUCCUUGUUUAUUCUAUCCGUGUUCUACUGAAUUGACGAUGGUUUAAUUCCUAAUUCCAAGUUAGUUCAACAAAGUUAUUUGGUAAAUUGUUUGUUUGUCUGCAAAUAUUUCUGUAUGAUAGGUGUAUUCCUCUUGUCAGCAAGACUGUCACUAUGCUCAAAAUGUAAGUCAUGAUUGUAUGUCAUUAUGACUGCCAUGUUGUUUAUACCAGUGUUGGGGGCAGUUUGGAUUUAAUUGUUUUUUAUUCAUUUUUUCAUUCCAACUAGGGCUGAGACGAGUCCAAAUUUACUACCCGGGUACCCACACCCCUAUUACCCGACCCUACCCGGGUACCCACUGUUGGUGUCAAGAGAUAUUGCCGAUUUGGAAUAGUUUGACAGUAGCCUUGGCAAAAUGUAUUUAGAUACACGUAUAAAACACUGAAUGCACACACUAAAGCUGACUUAAAGUUUUUAUCUUUAUUCGAACAUAUAUAAGUCAGAAGGAAAGCAUUCAUAGUCAUGAAGAAAUGCAAACAUUAGUGACUUCUUGUGUAACCAUGUAGUUAUAGUGAAUUAUUGUCAUGAAACAAUAUAUCACGUGACUAACCACGGGUCCGGGUAGUCCUGUGGUACCCGGGUCCUACUAAGUACCGACCCGAGUACCCGAGUUACCCGUCCCAGCCUUAAUUCUAACCACUCACCUGAGUGGAACAUCACUAGCUUAUUCUCUACGAUUGUAUGACAUUGAUGUAUUAUAUAUGUGGAUUUACUCAUCACAAAAGGUCCUGUGAUACACAAAAUACUGGUAUGAUGUGGGCCGUGUGAGAACACUCCAUCCACUGGAGGACAGAUCUGGUUGGUUCUGUCUUCACACUUUCUGUCCGAAAUCUUUGACAAGCUUCUUCAUGGCAUUCAUUGUGUGAUGUUGUGAGCCAUGUUGUCCCUUUUUUACAACUAAUGACUGACGGUGCAGACUGGAUCACUUCUGCAUGUAUGUAGCAGGAACUUUUAUUGUUGAGUAUAUUUGCACAUCAACAUGGCCUAGUGGAAGUCAUCGUUGUUUAAUUGCUUAUGAAAACUUGUACAUCUUGUUCAUGUUAUUGAGUAAAAUGUUAUAUGUAAUAACGUACUAUUUUCAUGUCUCUAAAGCUAUAUGUAUAACAGGUAUGUUAUUGCUGCUCAAUGGUUAAUAACAAAAAUGGAUCAUUCAA